AUGGCGGGUGGAGUCACAGCACUGGGUAGACUCACAAUGGUGGGUGUAGUUUUGGCUUUCUUUGGUGGCCGGAAGAUGGCUGAAAAUGGUCGGCAAGCGGCAGUGGGGCAGGGGUAUUCAGAAUUGCUGGUGUGUCGAUUAAGUGAGAAGAACACCGUAGGCACAGAGAUAGAUUCAAGAACCCAAAGUUUUUUAACAUGGGAAAGUCUUAAAUCUAUGCGACGAAACCAUGUUGGUUUGAAAGGGCCAAUGGCCACACCAAUUGGGAAAGGCCAUCGCUCUCUCAAUCUUACCUUGAGGAAGGAGCUCAAUCUAUAUGCCAACUUUAGGCCCUGCCAUAGCUUACCAGGGUACAAAACUAAGUACGAUGAUGUAAAUCUCAUCACAAUCCGUGAAAACAUUAAAGGAGAGUACAUUAGACUUGAACAUCAAUGUCGCCAUGAGGUUGCAGAAAAGUACCCUGAAAUAGUAUGUGAAGAAGUCUUCAUUAAAAGUUGUUGUAUGAUGCUGCGCAAUAUUGGUAAGGGAGGUAUUGCUCUUGCUGAGGCUGUACAUGAUUCUGUCCCUGAUAUCGCUGGAAAGGUUUGCUUCUAA